AUGCUUCGCUCAAUAAUUCUAGUGGCGCUAUUCGCGAGCCAAAUCGCAGCGAAGCCCCUGCAAGAGGAGGAGGACUUCGGAGUGGAGUCGAGAAAGCUGAAACAGAACUACGUGCUAGUGGGAUACGUGCGUAACUUCAAGAGGAACAUGGUGGAACUCCUGAGGACAAAGUACAACUUCCUGAACAUCGCGGAGAGCAAACAGGCGCAGCUGCUGCUCGAGCAGUUCGAGCGGAAGUUCGUGAGCGACCUGAACCAGGUGCUGGCGGAGACGGAAGCGGGCAAGAGGUACAGCAAGAAGGAGAUAUCCGACGGCAUGGGAGACUCCACGUUCCGCAUCGUCAAGUACCGGAUAAGGAGCGAGUUCCCCAGGCUCGGGAGUAACGCCGCCGAUGAGCUGGUCUACCGUUUCAGGAGGAGCAUAAUGCUGAUCAGGCUCAAGCUCGACCAGCUGGUGAACGACGCGAAGCUCGCCUGGUUGAAGCAGGCCAAAGUCUCAGCC